AUGUCGCUGUCUGUAGCUGGCAAGUAUGCCAUCAUCACCGGCGCCGGAUCAGGCAUCAACUUCGCCUUCGCCAAAUUGCUCCUCGAACGCGGCUGCUCCGUCAUGAUAGGCGACCUCGCUCUCCGCCCAGGCGCAUCCUCACUCUUGGCCCAAUAUCCGCAUCCGCAGCAGCCCAGCCGGCCCUCGGCCCUGUUCCAGCCCACCAACGUCGCCUCCUGGCCACAGCUCACGCGGCUCUGGACCAAAACUCUGGAAUCAUUUCCCCAGAUCGAUAUUGUCGUCCCAGGAGCCGGGAUCUUCGAGCCCUCUUGGAGUUCGUUCUGGAGGCCCCCGAAAACGGAGACAAAUCCGCAGACGAACUCUCGUGAUGCGGCGGAUGCGGAGCCCGGUACGUACGCCGUGCUUGACGUGAACCUGGCGCACCCGAUCCGGUUGAGUCAGCUUGCGAUCGGACACUGGACCCAGCAGAAGCGAGAGGGGUGUCUGGUGCAUGUGGGUAGCAUCGCAGGCUACGCGGCGGGGAUUGGAUCGCCGCUGUACAUGGCGAGCAAGCAUGGUCUGCACGGGUUUGUGAGGUCCAUGGGAGGUAUGAGAGACCGAUUGGGGAUCCGUUGCGGUGCCGUCGCGCCGGGGGCUGUCAUGACGCCGAUGUGGCUGGAAGACCCGGAGAAACAGCAUAUGGCGCAGGGAGAGGGCUCGGAUCUGUUCAUCGACCCCGAAGAGAUUGCUAGGGGCAUGCUGGAACUUUGCGAGAACCCCGAGCACGGCGAUGGGACAAUCCUGGAGGUCACGAAGGGCGCCACGAGGGUUGUGCCCCUGUAUCAUGCUGAGCCUCCGGGUGGAACGGGGGCGGUGAUACCGCGGCUUGUUGACGAGGCUGAGAAGAUCUGGGGUGAGCUCAAGAGCUUAGGAUUGAAGGUGUAG